AUGUCAAAAUUAUAGUAAAAGUAACAAAAAUACAAUCUUUGGACAUUUUUUUAUAAAAAAACUAUUUUUUAACAAAAGCAUUUCUUUGCAAUUAUUUUCUUUACCAUCCAAAAUCUACAGUUUGCAUCAAUUGAGUAACAAUUUACUUACAAAUCUGUCAAAUUUUACUGAUAUGGCUGCAAAAUCGACCACAAAAUCCUCAAAAGGAUCAAAAACUUCAUUGCUGGGAGAAGAUGUUCAGAAAAAAUUAUUUAUAAGAUUAACGACUAAAAUCAAAAACGAAUUUAAAUGGGCCGGUGAUAAAGCUGUUAAAACAUAUGGAAAAGAUCCAACGAAAAAAUCAACAUUGGAAAAAUUUAAUGAGAAAAUAAAUGAAGAAAUAACAAAAAAAUUUGAGAAAAUCAAAUAUCAGGAUCCGAAAAAAGUACAAAAAGAAUAUAAAUCACUGGCAGAUAAAAUAUUGAAAGAUGCAGCAAAGCACGAUAAAUCAGUGCGUGGUGUGUCUGUAAAAGCUAGUAAAACAUCAUUUAAAGGAGCAGUUGCAAGUGCGUCGAAGACAUCAACUACUUCAAAGGAUGGUGGAAGUAUUAUGAGUACUUACGAAGUGGCAGCGAAUAAAGGUCAAAAAAUUAUUGACGAUUACGUAAAGGCUUGUGAGACUGGAGUUAUGCCAAGCGAUGGAUGGUGGGCGUCAAUUAAAAAGUUCUUUGGCUUUGGAUCUUGAUUUUAAUUUCCGUGGGUAAAAUCAAUGAUUUAAAGGAAAAAUUGAUGUCCCAUAAUAUUCUGCCCGCGUUUAUAUUGAUCGGAUCCGACGAGAGUCCAAGUUCUAAUUAGGAUAUUAAAAACCGAAUCUCGAAGUAUGAGUGAGAACUGCAGACGAAAGAAAUCGUCAUGGAAUUCAACUCCUGUAGAAUACAAUUUGUUUCCCAAUAGCAACAAAUGGAAGUUACCGACAAUAUUGUUAUUAUACGAAUAAUUUUUUGAAAAAAUAUUGAUAUCUUGGAUGCUUUUCGCAUGAAUUGUUUCAAUUGCUCAAAGAAAGAAAUUGCGAAGAAAUGUUGAUGAUUAAAAAAUUUCUAAAUUCCAAUCAGUAGAUAAAUUCUUUAGAGCUUCCCGUCAUAAAUUUUCUCUUCAUUACCAAAUUUUAU